UCUCUCCUCUCUGAUGACAAGCUCUCAUUCCCCCUCUCUCCAACUCCUCAGAAACAACUCUCAGCCUCCAGGACUCUCCUUCGCCUCGCUUUCCCCCCCUCCCUUUCUUCCUUUUUUCAGUUGCACCUCGUUUUUAUUUUUUAACUUUUGUCUAACCCCUCCGCGCCUCUCAACACCUCCAGAGAUGUGAGUAGAUAAUGAGGACCCCCUGCCAGCGGUGACUUGUCUCCUGCGUGCUUCAGAGAGCCGAACAUCCUCAUCUUCCACACACCCUCCCCCCCCACCACCAAUUUCUUUUUUUUGGACGCUCAUCUGCCUUUCAACAAUGUAGGAGAAGGUGCGCUGUCAUUUCAGCGACGAGGAUGCCAACUACAUGCCUUGUUUUAUGCUCUCCGCAGCUUACAUCUUUGUCUCUCCGGCCGGGGAGGGGGGAAUGAAAGAUCUGCGUGAAGGCAAAGUUUGAGGGUACCUCUCCUUUUGGUUUCCCGCUCACCUGUCCGCCUGCACGCGCGUACCCCCCUUCUCCUUUGAACUGACAAGGAGGAAGAUUGUCGCCAAAAGAACAAUUGACGAGCAACUUAAAAGAGACCUGACUGUUGUGGUGGUUCUUUCUUUAGUGGGAUUUGGCAGCGCUGUUGGAGGAAUUUGAUGUGCGCAACGUUGGAGGAUAUGGCUUAAAUAAUGGUUGCGUUACUGACAGCCGGAGUAAGGUCCGUCACUUGAGUGUUUUUAUCAGCUAUUGUCGACUUUGGUGGAAACCCAUCUAAAUGGGAGGAUACCUGGAGGACUGAGUCGGAUUCGGCAGUCGAGAAAAAAAUGUGGAUAAAACGGAGUGUUGCGCGCAGUCCGUCUGCUUUGAGGCCAGGCAGCUGUGUGGGGCACCGGGUGUGGAUCCUGCUGGCCAUGACCCACCUCACCCUGGACUUCUCCAUGUGCAGCCCCCUCAGCCAGGGUCUGGGGAUCAAACUCACGCCUAAGUCGGUGCCUCGCUCUCGACCUCGUUGGCAGCCGCUCUGGGACACGCCCAACAAGAUUCACUGGAGAACAGUGAGCCCAUUGGCCCGCCGGCUCCUAAACGCUGUCCCUCCACCCCAAGACAGCAGGGCAGGGAUAGGACCAAAAGUCAAGGGUCAAAAGCAUCGGAAGCCAGUGCAUAAAGGACAAGCAGCAUGUAAGGAGUGCCGGUUGACAUACUCUCAAAUGGAGACAGGUGAUCCUUUGGCUGUAAUAGCUGAAGCUCCAGCCGCUUUAUCCAGUGGGAGCAGAGGAGACACGGUGAGGUUGUUACUUAGAGCCAGGAGGCAGCUCAAAUGGGACAGCUAUGACAAGUCUCAGGAGGGCCGGACUACUACAGUGGCCGGAUUUAUCGACUGGGGACCCACAGGGACAGAUAGCAUAGAUGACGAUGGCAAAGCGGAGCCCAACAUAACGCUGUCCACCAGGGUCUCAACCACCACAGUGGCCACAACCACUAGCACUACAACCAGGCUCUCCCAAAGGACGUUCACUAUGGUGACCACACCAGAGUCCAAGACGCUAAGCACCACCAAGGCCACUGUCAGCGUCGGGGAAACUGUCAAACCACCAAAGCCAUAUGGGGAACCACCAGGUUUGGCAGUUCACCAGAUAAUCACAAUCACUGUGUCUCUCAUUAUGGUUAUCGCAGCCUUGAUCACAACACUCGUCCUUAAAAACUGCUGUGCGCAGUCGGGAAAUGGCCGCCACAAUAGCCAUCAGCGCAAGAUCCACCAGCAGGAAGAAAGCUGCCAAAACCUGACAGACUUCACCCCAGCCCGGGUGCCCAGCAAGGUGGACAUAUUCACUGCCUACAAUGACAGCCUGCAGUGCUCACAUGAGUGCGUUCGGACUGCCGUGCCCAUCUACACUGAUGAGAUGAUCCAGCAGACGCCUGUCUACAAGACUGCUUACAACGGAAACAGGCCCUCCCCCACUGAAAGACAACUGAUCCCUGUGGCCUUUGUGUCAGAGAAAUGGUUCGAGAUCUCGUGUUGACGAGCUGAAGGCCUUGUUCACUUCCUGUGGGUGGAAAAGACUUCCUGAAUUCACGCUCUGGAUCCAGUUGGAAACAAGAAACACACAAAACAGCUUCUUUUGUAAAAUAGUGUGAUCACUCUUUGGACACUGGUGAAGAUAUUUAUUUUUCUAGAGAUGACAAGCAGAGCAGCCACAACGCUGCCACUCCAUAUUUCCGGGAACGUACAGUCAUUUAGAUAUAGAUUAUAUAUAGGUAUAUUUACAGGAUGUGUGGGACAAGACUGUGGACGUCAAGGAUGUCUCAAGAAAAACAUUUGACAUUUGAAAAAGGAACCCACGGAGUUGCUGUGGGUGGAAGAUGAACUGUAUUUCUGAACAAUGUGCCAAUAAUGCCACUAUGUGCCACAACCUGGAUAGAAGAAGUUUCAACAACAACUGAUGGACAUAACAAAGAGUGCUAUAUUAACCCUGUAUCGACUCCAACUACAUUGUUUUUUUGUUUUGUUUUUUUAAAGAAAUGUGAAAGAUAAAAAAUGCAACAAAUGUAUUUGAAUAUGUUUUGAAAUAGUUUUAAGAAAUGUGUUGCAAAAGAGUCUAAAAGAUAUUUAUAUGAAGCAUAACUCUAUUAGUUGGGAAAGAGAGAGGAUGGGAAAAAAAGACAUGGUAUAUGCUUUAUUGAACAGUUGAUUUUAAAACAUUGUUUCUAUAGGUCCCAUUUUAAAACAGAAUAGUUAUGUCUAUUUUUUUACACAGACGAGUCUACCACAGCCCUAACAGUGGAGGUCCGAAGCACUUGGAAUUCAGCACUGUUAAUUAAAUACUCCUGCCCAAGCUGAGAUUAUAACAAAGAAAACAAUCUGAAAUACACCCAGUGCAAGCCAAUUCAACGCCCUCUCCAAUUGCUCAUUAUGUAAGAUUUGUACCUGAUUUGGCCAGAUGGAAAAACAAAGUACUGCAAAAGUUUCUGUGGUGCAGGAUCAACACCACAGGCUGCAACAAGUCCCAUAGCAGCAAAUUCAUAUAUAGAUUGAGUGAGGACAGCCACAACAGACUGCAUGGAACUGGACAGGACAUUCAUACUGCCUCAGGUCUGUCUAGCUCUAUUGCACACUUUAUGUUGGUCUCAGUUUCAGCAGCUGUUCGGGAUAAAUUCCAAUGAUUGGCUAUGAUUUAGAUCUGCUGCAAUGCUAAAAGGGUGGACAAGAUUCAAUUUGGGCUUCAAAUUCAAAUAAUUUAUGUGAUAAUUUGCAUAAAGAGGAAAGAGAUUGAAAAAUCCCUCCACGGAUAGUAAAUUAAUAUCCCCACACAACUCCCACAUUGGUUCCCUUUUGAUAAAUUAUUUUUGAAACCUAAAAAUCAGAAAGUCAAGAAGAACAUGAACCAAUUUGUUGAAGAUGGAGCAUAAAAUUUCCCCCAGCUUUUCAGAAUGAAGAGUAAGCUGUGAAAGAGGUGCUGUAAAGUGGUGUCUCUCAGGAUCAAGAUGAUCUGCAUCAUGUGUUUCUAAUGCAAGAUGUAAGCAGGGAGGAAUUCCCUCACUGAAUGUGUGGUAAUGGUUAGUUAGCUCUCCUGAGCCAGAUCCACUCAAUACUUGAGGACAAUAGUUCUAGCAUAUCAGAAUUUCAGCUAUCACAGCCAGGAAGUUGGUGGUUGUGCACAAAUAGAUUGUUUUAAUUUGUGCCGAAGGAAGCAGAGUGCAAAUAUGAUACAGACUGAUGAAAAAGAAGGGUUUCAUUUUGUUCUAUCAAAAACCUAAAACACUCCGUUAGUGUAUUGUUGAAGUAAGGGGAUUAUGACAAGCCAAUCAGCCGCUGCCAAAUUGGUUUAAACUAUCUCUUAAGUCAAGGUGAGGGAACUCCAUGGUCAGGAAGGACAGUAAAGCUCUCCUGAGAGCUUUCUAGCACCAAUAAUUAUAUUAUCAACCUCAAGCUCAGAAAGACAGAUUGCCUUUGUGCUACAAAGGUUUUGAGGAAGUCGCCUACGAGUCUACCUUUUAUUGUGCUGUGGGUUUGUACAAAGCACAAAUACAAUUCUGUAAUUGUAAACGUUUUUGGCUGCGGACAGCAAUAUGUACAGAUUGAAAAGGUGGGUUUUAUUGCGUGUCGACGGUGGACCUCGCUUAGGUGGUGUUUAGGCUUGUACUCACUUCCUUACAGCAUUCAAGAAAACAGGUUGUCCCAGUAAGAUCAGUAUCUGUAAAUGCGAGCCAUUCAGGAGGUGCCGAGAUGGCCUGGGAUAAACACUGUGGUGCAAAACUCCUGCUUUUGCCCAUUCACAACAUGAAAACCACUCUCAUGAAUGACCCAUACCAAUUCAGCCUCACAUGUGUGUCAGGCUGAGGAGUUGCUUCUUUGACAUAACAUAUAUUUUUUUGAAUGAAGAGUGUUAUCUUAACAGUCAGAGGGUUACGAAAACUUACUGUAUAUUAUACACGUGUAAAUGUAUUUUCUAUAUAUUUGCUUCUAUUUGUGUACAGGUGUGUUCUAUUUUUCAAGACCUCUCCAGUUUUUGGGAAGGUUUCAGCUAGGUCGGGGAUAGUGUCUUUGUUUACAUGUGUAACUACGGUAUUUCUUUUAAAACACAAAACUAACCUUGUGCCAAGCUUCCUACCUGCACUUUCAAGCAGUACUUGUAUUAUAUCUUUAGCUAACCAGUAUAAUACUUCAGUAGACGCUGCAAUAGUUCAGAGACUGGAGAGUGAUUUCCAGGUGGAAGACCUGAAAGUAACUGAGUGCUGAGUGGAUCGAAGAAGUGUGAUCAUAUCUUGGGUUCUGCUGUGUUCAUAGAUGGCUGGGAAACCAAUAACUCUCUGUCCUUAAGCAUCAUUUCUACAUGAAUUCUAAUAUAGUGUUUCAUCACAUGAAUAAAAAAAAUGGUGUAGAUCCACCAGUAGCUGCCAAGAAACCAACUAAACUUGAUCUAGACUGGUUUGAAUUCAUUUGUCAUAAUUUCUCAUUUUGUAUUUGUAUAUACAAACUACAACCACCCCAGAAAAUUUACAAUUUGCCACAUACUUUAAUGACUGCAAAACUAGCAUUUAUGAGCAUAUGAAAUAAUCAGGGAAGACGUCUAAAGAAAGAAUUAUGAAAGGAAGAUGGUGUGUUAAGUACUCUUUCGAUGCAAAUUGACCCAGUUAAAAAAUGCCACGAUCAGACUCACAAACAAUGAUGUGGGAAGCCAUUCACUUAGAUUCAUUUAUUGAAGUUUUUAAAGGAUAAUUUUGGUGUAUUUCAACAGAGGCCUUAUUUCUAGUAAUGCUAGCUGUUGGUUAGUCAGUCCACCACAGACUGCUAUAUAUCUAUUUGAUGGAUUAGAAAUUUGGUAGAGAUAUACAUUGUGCCCACAAGAUGAAUCCCUGUGACUUUGGUGAUCCCUUGACUAGCAUGCUAACACGCUAAACUCAAAUGGUGGACAUGGUAAACAUGAAAAUGUAGCAUGUUAGCUCAAAGCGAGUUCAGCCUCACAGAGACACUAGAAUAGCUGUCG